AUGGUCGAAAGCCUCCAUUCAGCUAUUAAAAAAGUAAAAGCAGUGGGUGAUGCCCGUGUGCUUGUUCUUCGUGGGGCCGGGCGAUUUUUUUCCGCGGGACAUUACUUGAAGGAGUUAGUACAAAGCGAAAACCCAGGAUCAGUAGCCCAACUGUUCUCUGCCAGUUCUCAGAUGAUGCUCGACCUGACCCAACUUGAGAUCCCCUCCAUCGCAGCUGUGCACGGACCUGCUUAUGCAGCAGGUUGUCAGCUCGUCGCCACAUGUGAUUUGGCUGUGGCUGGCCAAUCCGCCACUUUUGCCACUCCUGGCGUCAAACUCGGCCUCUUCUGUACCACACCCGCUGUUGCCCUGGUACGUGCUAUCGGAUUGCGAGCAGCGAAGGAGCUCCUGCUUACCGGCCGCAACAUCACUGCCGAGCGGGCAUAUGCACUUGGACUGGUCCAUCGGGUUGUGCCAGAUGACCAAGUGUUCGAGGCCGGUUUGACUUUGGCUCGUGAAAUUGCACAACACAGUAGACCUGUUGUCUGCUUGGGUAAACGCGCCGUGUCCACCCAAAUGUCGCUCGAUCUCCCUGACGCCUACGAGUAUGCCAAUCAGGUGAUGCUGCAGAAUUUGGAGUUGGAAGAUACGAAAAAGGGAAUCGAGGCGUUUUUGAACAAGCAACCAAUGCCUCAAUGGACUGAUAAGUCAGACUAG